CACACAUUGGGCAACAUAGCCCUGCCCUCAGAACCAAAGCACACCAUCGACAAGGGCGAAGCUGUUUUGUCUUGGCCUCGACGCCGACCCCGGUUGAAUCCUUCCACUCACAUCUUGUCAUCUGCUACUUUUUGGAUAACCUUACACCAUGACCCUCGAGUCUGUGAUCCUCUCCUUGAGUGUCUUUUUCAUGGCGUUGACCGCCUUGAGCUCGAGCAGUCCCGUCAGGCCGUCCGAAAGUCGUCCCCAGAGGCCUUCUCUGCUUCGAGAUGAGCGUGACAAUGCGCUGCUUGACGCGCACGACUUUCUCAGCCACUUUCUGUCUACCCUGAACCUCACCGGGCAGAUGCAAGUGGAGCAAAAGCCCCAGGUCUUUGCGAAGGAACCACCAGAAUACAUGUUGGAACUCUUUGAGCGAUUCGCCAAUGACCGCACGGCCGUGCCCUCCGCCAGCAUUGUUCGCAGUUUCAAGAACGAAGAUUCUUCCCCCUACGGAGUGACAGUCAGGGGCGCAAGGACAUUUCCGUUGCUCUUCAACAUUUCCGUGCCCCACCACGAGCACAUCACCGUAGCCGAGCUUCGCCUUUUCACCCUCGUCCAGAGAGCCCAAAGACCCUUUGACUGCAAGGUGACCAUUUACAAAGUGCACAAUGGCGUAGUUUGGACCAAGGAAGUCGGGAAAGAGGUGAGAAGGCGGGGUCAAGAGGAGGAGUCCAGAGACUUGGAGGAACUGGUGACGAAGCACAUCCACGCCAAAGAUAAGAGCUGGGUGUCCUUGGACCUGACUCAUGCCGUUGCACUCUGGCAGAAGUACGGCGUCGCGACGCAUAAACUGGAGGUCCACGUCGCCAUCUUGGGGCCUGAAGACCCGGAGGCGGUCAUGCGGGAUGAGGUCUUUGUCGACAUCCAGCGAAACGUGGACGGAAAACACAACGCGGUGAUGAUCGUUUUCUCGGACGAGCCCAAAAAACACGAUAAUGCCCGUCCCGAGAACACAGAGCAGAAUCCGCUCUGGCCGUUUGUCAACCGUGACCAGGACGAAGUGAAGCUUCUCUACAAAAGCCCCGCUCGCAUCCGCCGUGGUGUCAAGGGCGAAACCUGCAGGAGAACGCCGCUGUUUGUGGAUUUUAAAGACAUCAGCUGGGACUCAUGGAUCAUCCAGCCGGUAGGCUACGAGGCCUACAUGUGCAACGGAGUCUGCGGCCCGCCCAUGACCUCCGAGGUCUCACCCACCAAACAUGCCAUUGUGCAGACACUGCUCAGCGUGAAGAGUCCGGAGAGGGCAUCGCGUGCCUGCUGUGUACCCACUAAGCUGGAGCCCAUAUCGCUACUUUAUUACGAUAACGGGGUGAUCACCUUCAACCACAAGUAUGAGGGCAUGGUAGUGGCAGAGUGUGGCUGUCGAUAGUGACGCACACACAUACACACACAAUCAGAGAUAGAGACUGUGCACCGAUGGAUUCCAACAUAUCCCUUGUUGUAUCCACACAUAGUCACACUUUAACAAUGAUACGACGUGGUGGAAAUUGUAUAAAUGAAAA